ACAUGUUUGGCGAUACAUAAACAAAAGCGCAUAAAUAAACGAGUCUGGUCAACAAAAACAACAGGCGGCAAGAAAAUAAAUAAAAAUAAAGAAAAACUGACCAAAAUUGCAAAUUGCAAAUUGGUCGAACGUGGCGCAGUCAAGACUUGGGGCCCUGCUGGUCACCUGCUCGUGGCACUUUUUGCAAAUAAAGCAUAUAUUUAUAAGGCAGUGCAACAACAACAGAGAUGAGAGACACGCCUGCCUCUGUUUGCAUUGGUUAAGUGAGAGGCAAAGUCGGAAACGCAACCGGAGACGGAGACGGAGCCGGAGCCGGAGCCGGGCCCAUGUGAGCUGUGUGUGCCACUGAAGAAGUUUUAGACGCUGUUCAAAUAGACUCUAUACUAAGUACGAUUACUUUGAAGGCGACAACAUGAUUAUUGAUGGAUAAAUAAAUACUUUUUCACAAAAACUCAUCUGCUCUUCGGACGCAGUUUUGUGCAGCUGAGCGUUUCAGAUUUACAUAGCUGAACUGAAGGUUAUGUCAAUCAUAAUACAGGGGCUCUCUAAUAGAUCUCUGUCGCAGAUCAAGGGGACUAGAUUAUUCGAGAGCUUUUAAUACACGCUCCAGGCCUGUUAACCAGAGGUCUGUUACAGAAACUCAUCAGCAGGAGUGACUGAGCCCUGUAACAGGAUUUAACAGGUUCUGUAACAGAGCUCUGUACCAAGCCGCUCUACUAUAACAGCUCUCUGCAAUUCACCUUGAAGAGCAUCUUAACAGAGCUUCUAGAAUGAUGUAGCCGAGUUCUCCUCCAGUGUUAAUUAUCAAUUAGUCAACAAAACGUCGGCAAUCAUGACUUUUAUUUUUUGUCUUUUAUUUAUUUAAGAACAACAUUGCAUUAUGCGGAAACAGAAUUUGUAUCUAUGCAUACGAUAAAAUACCGUAUCAUAGCCCAUUAAAAUUGACAUUAAUUGAUUAACACUUAUGUGUGUGCUCGAGUUUCUCAAAUGUUGUAGCUAAAGGAAAUCAGGUAAUCUGCGUUUCGAGCUAGAUCAAGUAUAAUUCGCACCUCAAGUAAAUCCACCAAUGGACAAGGCAAUUAAAAUCAGUUUGGAAGUUUUGAAGACAUAAAAAAAGAAAAACAGAUCCAUAAAUAUUUGCGGCUCUUAGAAGCGCCAAGACGAAAUAUUGAAAUCAAAACCGAAAUAUUAUAAACGCUAGCCGGCCGCUGGGCGUUGUCGAAAAAGCUGACGAAUAAAGGCAAGCGAAGCAGAGAAUAAACAUAUAUGAAUGUCUGUAUAUUUGGGAUCAGUCAAAGUCAAUGUCGUGCCAUAUUUACCUUUUCUUACUUUUUUUUAUUUUAUUUUAUUUUUUAUUGUUAUCAAAUGUAGUGCAGCGGAAGCGAAUGGAGACCAUCAGAAUGAAUGAGCCGACGGCAAGCAUGACAAAGCAUUUGCUUACGAAAACACCCAAAAAGAUGUAAAUUUGUUUAGUUUUAUCUAUUUAUGCAAAUGAUACUGAGCUAAUGUAAAUAGUUGCAGCUUGUUUGGUCGGGCAGCAAAAUUGUUUAAAUGCUCUUUGAUCAAGUCAUCGUGAUCAAAGCAGCGUCUUGUCACGUCUUGUCGUCGAGUUGUCUGUGCGCGCAACGCCUCUUGUUAACCCGUUUCUGUGCCCAUGGGCAUUUCAGUUAAGGGCGUGGCUGGCCCGAGCUGGCAAUUUAUUUAUGUUAUAUGCCCCCCUCUAUGGACAUGUGAUUCGCACAUCUCGCAAAUGAAGAUUGUAAAGUUGUCGCAAGUCGUCUUGGAAUUAGCUAUAAAAGUGCGUAACAUUCACUUCACAUUUGUCGCCUCAAUGAUGUAGCACAAAUGAUGGUCAUAUAAUAUAAUAUCAUAUAAUAUAAAUAUAUACAGAUAUACAUAUACAAUAUAUGUAGGUCAGAUGGGAACUGCUGGCGACCUUUGCCUAGAUCGUAGAACACUCGACUCAGCCCAUACAAAUUAGUGUCUAACCGUUUAGCUGCUAAGCUGAAACAAAUCACGCACACGCCCUCGCCCUCCGGACAGAGCCUCGUUUAGCCCGAAUAUACAAAUGAGUUGAUAAGCAUCGGGGCAUCCAAUAUGCCCAAACGUGGCUGGCAAACAAAUCCAUUAGGUCAGGCGACGUGGCGUGACUGAACUGAAAGCGAAGCGAGGCGCUGGGAGACUCUAAAAUGAAGUGCUCACCCUGGCCAUUUCGCUAUGAGUUCCUAUCGCGGAGUGCUGGCUCUGACCUGGCUGGCAGCGCAGGCAUUGAGUGUAAGUAUAUCAUAUAACGGCAAUUAGACUCUUGUAAUAGCUCUCUCCAUUGCCACCUUUAUCUCUUUCUCUCUCUCUCUCUCUCUCUCUCUCUCUCUCUUUCUCUCUCUCUAGCUGAACAUGCAAAUUGAUGAGUUCUACUCCAAGUCGUUUGUGCCCAAUGACAUGCUCGUCAGCUAUGAUGUGCGCAAACCUGACGCUCUCAACUUCAAUUUGACUGUUUUGGUGCACUUUCCUGGCAAAUUGCUCAUUCAGGUCUUUGUGCGGCGGCUGGACGAUGUGCCGGGCGGGCCGAACUCGUUUGAGAUGCUCAAAUUAAAAAAUGUGGACUUCUGCAAGUCGCUCGAGUCGCUGCGCAACAUGACAAAUGAGAAAUUCCACGGCGAGCCCCUGAUUCCGUCCACCUUCCUGAUGUCAUGCCCACUGAUGUCGGGCUUCUACUACGUGGAGAACGCCACCUUGGAUGUUAGCGUGCUGCCGUGGCUCAUCAACGAUGGCAGAUACUUCGCACUGCUCGAGCUGGUGCAGGUGUACGAAGAGGUAACCAGAUUAAUAAAUUUCAGAGUAAAGGUCAGCAAGAAGACGCCCGAGUCGGAGCUGGCUGGCGAAAAGCAAGAAGCCAGCAAUGAGGAUGGCUUUAAUGACUUUAACUUUUGAUAAGCACUUAACUUGAUUGGGCAUGUAGAAUGUGACGCUGUCGCAGCGGCUGCAAAUCUCGCUAAAUACAUUCCAGACCUUUGUUUGCGAUCAUUUGGCUAAUUUGUCUUCGCUUGGAAUGAUAAAUGCAUUAAGACGCAGUCGGAAGCUGAAAACAUUAUUCAGUUGAUGUUGAUACUGCGCUGAUGAACUUGAGCUAAAAACACUACGAAAACGCGCAUGAAUUAUGCGAGACAAACAGAAAAACCGAAAACAGAAAUCGGGCCAAGCAAACGCGAUCCCGAAAAUAUCUCAAAUAAAUCAUAGCCCAAAGAGAGUCGCACGCACGCAGCCAUAAAUUAAAGCACGAGUAUUUUUAUUGCAAUUCACUUGUUUGUACCAACAAAUAACUAGUACAAACAACGACAACAAAGGCAGCAGCAGCAGCGGAGGCAGCAGCGGAGACAGCAUGGUAAACAGAAGGCGGACUGGGCGGGGCUUAAGCCGCAAAGUACAGUGAAAGUGACGUAAUGCGGUGUUGGCCAUGGCAAAAUAUCAAAUAAAAAGAGGAAGAGCCGUACAAAAAGAAGUUGAAAAUAAAGGGCAUUAAACGGGCGACAACAAAGUAGAGCGAAAAAUGUCAAUGUCUUUUACAGCGCCGGAAGAAGAAGCAGCAGCAGCAGCAGCACAGCAGCAGCAGCAGCUUCAAUCCCUGACCAUUGAUAUGGACAUUGGCAGACGCUGCGUAUACGUAAUCUGUGUGCUGCCAGUUGUUGCUGUUGUUACUUUUUGCACAAACAAAUUGCACAUGCAUCGCACAUCCGACAGCGGCUUACAUUUAUUUACUUUUGCUGGACUCUUUCUUCUCUUUGUUGAUCUUUUUUUUUACUGUCCACUUUUGCUUUUGGUCUUUUUUUAUCGCCUGCAUUUACAAUUCAAUGUCAUAGCAUUGUUGUUUUAUUCCCAUUUUAUUUUAUGUCGCUGGCUGUUGGUUGUUGCUGUUAAUGCUGCAUGUGUCGCAAUUGCCAAAUGUAAGAAGACAACCGGUUUGCGCGCCGUGUAACAGACUGCAGUUUCAAUGUUAAUUUGGCUGCGGCCGCUUGACCUUGAAACCUGUUGGCAACUGCAAUGUGCCUGGCUUGUCUGUGGUCAUCUUUGUGGUCAAGCUCAUGCAUUAUGUAUCCACGACUCAUCAACUUUUAUGAAGCUGCCAGCCCUCCUACCAGCCGCUGCAGUAAUUGUUAUUAAAGCUAAAUAUAUACAUUGUUGGAUGGCCAGCCGCAAAGAUCGUUUACGAGUCUCG